UGAUAAGCCCAUUGUCGAUCAUCGAUAGCCGUCGGUCGGCUUUAUCGGUCAUGUUAUCGCGACCUUCGGCUACAGAACUCCACGCCGAUGCUUCCCCUCUCCACAAUCACCCAGCCACGCGAGUUGCAUCCCAGUCACCAUCUCAAAGCAAUCGAGUUCUUGCCUGCCAACAUGAGUUUCGAAUAUGCCGCAGAAAAAAGCAGCGCCAGUCCCGGCUCGCCGCUGUCGCCCCAGUUGUGUCGACAGGGAGAGGGGCGGAAUGCGGCGCGCUCACGCAAGGGAUGCUGGACGUGCAGGGCAAAGAAGGUCAAAUGCGACGAGGCAACACCUCAGUGUCGGCGAUGUUUGAGGUUGAGCCUCUUGUGCGAUUAUAUUCCAAGGAGGAAGGCGUCCAAGAACAGAAGUCUCGCGAUUCAAUCACGGAGCAGACACACUCCAACGGCGGAAGAUGGGACAAACGUUGCAUGCUUUCAACGACUGGCACGGAAUCGGCUUCAAUCAUUAAUCGAACAAAAUGAAUCACGAUCCCUAUCGACAUCUUGCAUCCCAGCGCCAGCUACCGGAGCCUCCUCUGUCGUUUUCACAUCAGCAGACCACGAGUCAAUUCGAUAUUUUCGGACCUCCUUUGCGAAGCUGCACCACACAAAGAACCCAGACUAUUCGCUCUAUUCCAUCAUGUUUGGCAUUGCACAGGUGGAUCCCAUCGUCAUGCACAUGAUUCUCGCUGUCGGUGGAAGAGAGAUGGAGUUCCGACGCAACAUGCAGACCGAAGACAAUCGAGGUAUUGGGUCCCCUCUCUGGCAUUACUCGAGUGCCUUGAAGAUGAUGGCCGACCUGGUUGGGGAUGACGAUAGUGAGCGGCUGGAUCUCGACUCGAUCCAUACGGCGUUAUAUCUGAUGCUUCUAUAUGAGCAAAAAUAUGGUGACGAGAGAUGUACGGGCGUCGCAAACCACCUGAGCGGUGCGGCUUUGAUCCUAAAGCACCGAUGCAAUGACAAACUACUGCUGUCAUCUCCUUCGUCAGGAGGCCAUUCAAGGGCAUUGAUAUCGACAUCGACACAAAUGACACAACAAGCGCCCGGCAGCAAACCACUAUCUCUCUAUUCUGCUCGAUUGAUAGUCUGGAUCGCCCUUUUCGAUGCCGCAGCGGCAUCUUGUGGAGUUGGCGGAGAGCUGAACGCAAUGCUGUUCAAGCUGAUGGGUGGAAAUAAUGGAACUGAUGGCCUUGCCAGUCGUUUUCAACCCUUGGAGAGUUUUGAUAAACUGCACCGGUUCUCGAAUCCUCUCUACAGAACGACUUGGGGUGAAAACUAUCCCCAAAGUGAGUUGCUUGAUGACGUGGAGAAUCGAAGCGUCUACUCUCUUUUGGGAGCCUGCACCCAGCUACGUUUUAUGAUAGCACAGCUCGCGAAGCUUUACGAAUGCGAUGCGGCCAGUGCAACGGAACGUGCCUUGGUUGUCGAACUCUCCAUCCAAGAAGUCAGCAGCAAGUUUAGCGAGCUGAUGGAGGUAGCUGCGGAACUAUCGCUCACUACCGACAACUCGCAUCGGCUGGUGGCCAACAUUCGAAGUGUCGUGCCGCAUUUCUACGGCGUGGUGCUGGAUUUUCUCCGUCUCACGCGGCCCGACGAUGAAGCAGGGCUAUGUCCACGGCAAACCAGCGCGCUACGCCAGAUCAUGAACCUGGCAUUCCAAACGUACAAGCAUGGCGGGGAUGAGGCCAUGAUGCCAAUCGCCUGGCCCCUCUUUAUGGUUGCAUUGGAGACAAACGACCUUCUCCACCGCGAGUGGGCCCUUGAACGACUUGAAUCGAUAACCAGGUUCGGCAAAAACUUUGAGCGAGCCCAUCGGUUCCUAGUCGGCGUAGUUGAUAUGCAGAUCCAGUCGGGCAGGCGGGUGAAUGUGCGUGAGCGUUUUCAGUCUGGGGAAGUGGGCCUCUUUGUCAUCUAGCAAGAAGUAGUUCGCAUAAUUAAUGUUAAUAAAUACGGAUACCCUUA